AGCGUCUAUCAGCUGACUGACGCCAAACCACGUGACGCUACAGCUGCUAAUAUAAAUAUAUACAUAUACGCGACUAGACUAGCAGACCUAGAGCAGACCCUCCUCCGCGAUUGUCAAAUUAUAUACUCGUUAAACACUGCAGCUCCAACUGCGCGGCACAUUAUAUUGUAUACAUAACAAAUCCAAAGUUGAAUAGCCAGUAAAAAGAAACCAUGAAUAACACAAUAACAAAAUGCAAUCCAGCCAUGGUUAGACAUGUACUUUCUGCAUCAAGAAAUAUUUCAACAACUUGUGUAACAAAAAACAAGGAACCAGUAGAUGAUACGUCCGAUCAUAAUGUACCACCCUUCAUUGAAAAAGGCGAAAGUACAUCAAUUAAGAGAGCUAGACUACUUUAUCAAUCACGUAAGCGUGGUAUGUUGGAAAAUGGACUGCUUCUGAGUACGUUUGCUAAGAAAUAUUUGGAUGAUUUUAAUGACAAACAUCUACACCAAUAUGAUCGAUUGAUCAACCUACCAUCAAAUGAUUGGGAUAUUUAUUACUGGGCUGCGGGAGUGAAACCAGUUCCAGCUGAAUUCAAAAACGAAGUGAUGGAUUUGCUACAAAAACACAUCAAAAAUGAGAAUCGAGAAUCUCGUAUCGUGCAACCAGAUUUACAUUGAGUAUUAUGUAUACUAUAAUUUAAAGAAUGUGAUAAAAAGUCAUGUGUAUUUUUCGAAUAGUGCUCACAAAAAAAUUGUAUAAUUCACUUACUCAUAAAAAUAGAUCUUGGAUGUAAAAAUAAAAAGCAAAAAUUUUAUUUAAAAAA